GCAGACGAUUGCUAAGAUGGAGAGAGGGUGUUAGAAAAAGAACAGCGAAAAUUUCAAGGAAGAAAAGGUUUUUGAAUUUAGUGGCAGAUUGAAGGUCUAGGAGAAAUAAAGGGUGGCGAGCAAGAAGCCUGCUGACUCCUCCUUCUGGCCCUGCUUCACAGGGAGUGGGUGAAGAAGCAGUCUCCAUUGGAGAGAAUUGUCAGGGAGGGAAUCGGUGUUGUCAGGGAAACAGCCAGGUUCUCGCUAAGGCGGGCAGCUGGAAGGAGUGCUUGUGAAAAGGUGGGGGAUGGAGAGGAGUUUGCUCACAGUAGAACAGGGGUUCCACAGGGCACAGUAGAAGGGGCUAGAGCUGGUGCGGAGUGGGUGGAAAAAGCCUGGGGAGGCUUAGUACCCAUCGAUCGAUCGCAGUCAGGAAUGAGAAGAUCGGAGGAUAUAGACGGAGAAAGUUCUGGGGAGAGUGAUGGAGGAGAUAGGAUGGUGGAAGGAGUGACUACACCCCCCAGGAUGUUGCAAAGGAACCAGAAAUUGCUUCUGCAAGUGGCCUCCUUGCUCCUCUGUGCUUGUGCCGGCCUCAGACUGCUUCUGCCCCGGUGCCUGGAGCCAACAUCAGGCAGGCCCUGGGGUGAAGCAGGGGGUGGUCGGCCAUCUCCUGAACCCGUUGGGGAGAGCACUUUGGGGUCUUGGUCCCAGAGGUUGACUGGGGAGAUUCCUCGAAGAGAUCAAACAGGAGUGAUGAAGGUUGUCCACCUGGACAUGAAGGGAGCUGCUCCCAGGGUAUCUUAUUUGGAACAGCUGUUUCCACUUCUGGCCCGGCUUGGGGCAGAUGCUGUGCUGAUCGAAUAUGAGGAUAUGUUCCCUUUCCAUGGGGAACUGGAGUUGUUACGUUCACCCCACUCCUACAGUAAGCAUGACAUAGAACGGAUUCAGCAAUUGGCAACACAGAACCACCUGGAGGUGAUUCCCCUGGUGCAGACGUUUGGCCACUUUGAGUUUGUACUGAAGCAUGAGAAGUUCUGGCCCCUGCGGGAGGUGGAUCGUUAUCCCAGCACCCUAAAUCCCCAUGCGGCUGGAACGAUGCCGCUGCUCCGAGCUAUCCUGGGUCAGGUCCUCGACCAGCAUCCGCAUGCCCGCUGGCUACAUGUCGGAGCUGAUGAGGUGUUCCACCUGGGUGAGGGUGCAGACUCCCGUGCCUGGCUACUCCGCCAUGGGGAAGAUGUUGGUCACAUCUACUUGAAUCAUGUUCGAGAGGUCGUGACCUUCCUAAGCUGGCGCCACCCAGGGCUUCGAUUGCUACUUUGGGAUGAUGUGCUUCGAAGACUCCCACCCCAAGCCGUCCGAGAAUCAGGGAUCCCUCAGCUUGCAGACCCCAUGAUGUGGUUCUAUGACUCUGACUUGGACACUGACCAGAUUGGACGGAUCAUUGCUAAAUAUGCAGAAGCUGGCUUCCGCAGUGUGUGGUUUGCCAGCUCCUUCAAGGGUUCCACAGGCCCAGCCCAGAUGUGGACACCCCUUAGCCACCACCUGAGCAACCAACUGUCAUGGCUCCGUGUGCUCCGAGCCCUGCAGGCUGCGUCUGCUGGCCCCCACAUUCGGGAUGCCCACCCUAUCCGCUGCCAGGGCAUUGUUCUGACUGGUUGGCAGAGGUAUGACCACUAUUCGGUGCUGUGUGAGCUGCUCCCCGUGGCUGUUCCUUCCUUGGCCAUUUGUCUGCAGACCUUGGUUGAUGGAGAAUUCACUGAAGUGACCAAGAAGACAGUCAUGGAGCUGCUGGGAUUUCAGACAAUCAACCUGGAGUCCAGCACCUGUCAAGGAGACGGUAUGUUUCCUGGGGCUGAGGUCUACCACCUGGUGGAACAAGUCAAGGAGCUGAAGGAGACUGGGCUGAGGGCUCUGGAGGAGGAUAGCACAGUUCAAGGCUGGUUCAGCCCUUAUCAUCGUAAAAAUCGGUUUGGGAAUCCACAGAAUCUGGAGGCCUUUGGCCGAAAACUGACCAAGGUGUCUGAGGCCUGGGAGAGCCUGCUGCCGACCCUACAGAUGAAUCUGGGCGUUGUGUUCUACUCAGAUACUGUGGAAGAGUGGUUGGAGGAGUAUGUGUUACCCCAGAUCGAACCGUUGAGGGCUAUGGUUCGGGAUUACCAGGAUCUCCUCCAGCUGAAGGGGAAACCAGGAGGGGCCCGGCCUGGGGAGGUUGUACUGAACCCCCCGGAUGUCCCUACCCCAGGCCCUGGCGUCCGGGGCCCCCGCUCCUGGAGGGAGAGUCCAGGUGAUGGCUCAUUUGGGGGCUGAAGUCCAUGGGGGUGGUGGGCUUCCUCUGAGGGAGGUGGGAGUAUAACAUUGACUUUGAGGAUUAAAAACUAUUUUCUUAAA